CUUAGGGGACUUCACACUGGUAGGAGCCACAUGUGGUACUUCGCAGUACAGGACCAGCAGCAGCAGCAACAACAUAUAUUACUUUUAACCAAGUCGUUGUUACUUUGUUCAUUGUUGCAUGUCGCUGAAAAGGAGUCUCUUUGGAAUAAGACCUGCUUGCGGCUUUGCGGGUUGAGCCCACUUCUUCGCUGACAUUCAACGCAUGUAGCCCUUGUUAGCUCGUUAGCUAACUGACUAAAGCGUGGAGAUGUCUAUGUUUCAGAUGGAUGAAAAAAUACCAGAGGAGAAUGGAGAGACGUUGCCAGUGCAUGUGGAGAAGGAAGAGGAAAUGGAAGUUACCAUGACACCACAACUAGAACAUCCAAUCGUAACCCCUGGCAACGCAGACAUAUCAAACACAGAAACCCAUAUGGAGGAAACAACAGCAACACUUUCCUUGCAGAGUGUGUGUAAGACAGAGGCGUGUGAAGACGAGGAGUCAGACAGUGACAGCUCUUCAUCCUCCUCUUCUUCCUCUUCAUCAUCCUCUUCUCCCUCUCCACCUGUUUUGGUGGAGGAUGACGAUGACGAGGGUUUCAGCCAACCGGCCCCCAUCAAAACCAGAGAUGAAGUCCUGCUCGAGGAGCUGCCAGCCGUGGAGGAGGUGUUGGUGUCCUUACCAGAAGAUGCAGAACUAAAGCCUGUAGGCACAGUCUCCAGUAUUAUACAGCAACUUGUGAUAAUCCAGUCUCUGAAGGACACGCCCCCUCUGACUGACGACAGCGUCAUCUUCACAUCUGAUAGGCUGGCUGUUGGCAAGGUGUUCGAGGUGUUCGGUCCGGUCUCCAGUCCGCUGUACAUUCUGCGCUUCAGCUCUGAGGAGCAGAUCAGAAGCAAAGGGCUGACAGAGGGACUGACUCUGUAUUACACACCUUCCAUCAAAGAAUACGCAAAAUACAUCCUCACUCAACAGCUCCAAGUCUACAAGGGAUCUGAUGCAUCUUGGAAGAACGACCAAGAACCACCAGCGGAGGCUUUAGAUUACAGCGAUGAUGAGAAGGAACAUGAAGCUAAGAGGAAAGGGAAAAACGCCAGGAAGAAGAGGGCCAAUAACCAAACAGAUAAUCCUGCCAACGUUCCCCAGAACACUUUGCAGCAUCAGCAGCAGCAGCAUCAGCAGCAUCAGCAUCAGCAGCAGCAGCAUCAGCAGCAUAACGCCAGGGGUUUCCCACCGAGACAUGCAGGAGCUCCCCUCAGGCAUCACAACCCGAGGAAUAAACAGCCAGCAUUCAGCCACACAGCCCCUCCACACACACACAGACACACACACGUGCCCCCCAUGUACCUCCCCCCUCCCUGUCCUUACCCUCCUCAUCCACCUCCUCAUCCUCACUUCUUUCCCCCACCCAACUUCCCCAUGUACCCUCCUCCUCCCCCUCCUCACUCUUUCUUCAAUCCGUCUUUUUCCUCUCCUCGCUGGCCACCAAACUUCUCUGACCUCCCUCCUCCCCCUCCCCCGCCUCAGUGAAGCCCCCUCACCCUGUACAUGUAGACAUUAGAACAGUGUUUAUUAAGCUGUACAGUCAGCGAUAUUAGAAUGAAACAUGCUCAGCUAUAUGUUGUUACUAACCACAUAUGCAUAUAUAGUUCCUUAUCUAAAUGGUAUUUUUGUUUAUCAUAUUCCGAAUGUGACUUUCUGUCUUUGUCAAAUCUCCACUGCAUUCACACAUGCUCUGAAACAUAAUCACCUUAAACACUGAAGCCUGGAGAGGCUGAAGCUGUAUGCAGAUGUUGUGGCAGCAGCACUCUUGAUUCCCCCACUAACACAACACAGUUGUUUUCUGUUAGUAAUGGUCAGGGGCUUCCUGAUUAUAUACAAUUUAUAAUUCUCCAUCUUACACCUGUAUUCUUACAUCAGGAGAAAUGAACUGGCCAAUAGUAUCAAAGUGUGUAACUGCCAUGCCCAGCAUGGCUCUGGCAUAGAUAACAUUCCUCCUGGGCUGCAUUCCAAAUCUCAUACUUCCUCAGUUUACUCUCGGUAUGUUCUGCAGCGUGUGUGCAUGCAGGAUAAAGACACACUGCUUACACACUUCAGACUGUGACCACAUGCUGUCGAACAACCUUUUAUUAUUGGCAAACUGAAUUUCACAUACUAAUGUUGUUGGUAGUAUGGGUAUUUGAAUGCACACCUGAUCUCAGACUGACAAAUGUGCAGCGGCCUAUUAAUGAAACGUGUAAGGCUCAUGCAGGGGUCAGUAUUUUUCACAUUUGUGUUUUUGGUAAAUCUUCCUUGGAGGUAGAAUGAUGUGCAUUCUAAGCAGAUUGUGAAUGCUGUGCAUCACAGUGUGUGAGAGGCUCAUAUACACAAUGUAGAAACUAACUAGUGCUACGUUGGUUUUAGUUCACAUGGAUUCAUUAAGAAAGAAAGGAUUAUGUUAAGAGUGAAAUAGAGCAGCAACUCCUUUUUUUUAAUCGUUUUUUUAUGUAGCAACUUGAUAAUGGCUGAAAUAAUAGACAGCUAGAUUGGAGUUGAGUUUAAGACGGACAUAAAAUGAACUCAGCGUGUUCUAUGAUUUAUGACAUACUCUAUAUAUAUAUAUGGGAGACUGGAAGAGCAGAUGAAGGUUUUAAGAUGAUUUGUUGGAAAGUCAAUCACUCAACACAUUUGUCCUGUUAGGAUAAAAUUCAUGUCAUUUUAUAUGUACUAUCUUUUUUCACCAGAAUGCUCCGUCGGUGUUGACACUUUUCCACAUUUCAUGAGAUUUCAAUGGAAAUAAAUGUCUAAGAGCAA